UAACUGUAGGCGUGGCCAUAAUAAAAUGGCUACUUUUUCUUCGAGCAUUUCAAGUUUUUGGAGGCUGAGUCUUUUGAACAGAUACUUUGUGAGCGCAAGGAACCCACAGAAUGUCGUUCCCUCUGUCAUUUUUUAUCGCCCACGCACAUCAAAAUCUAAAGCUAAAUCUAAAUCUAAAAAAAGGACUUCAGUCAAGACAAGGUUGGGUAGUGUUGCUCCUAAUGGUAAGUUCCUUCCAAUAAUGAAUAAGAAGAACAUUCAUCCUAAACUCUACGAGUGCUUACUAGUGAAUCCUGAUGGAUCAACAUAUACCAUACGUACCAUGUACCCUUACAAGAUCAUAACACUACCUCUUGAUCUUAGUAAACUCUCAGAAGAAGAGAUAGCGGCAAAAAAGAAAAAGAAGAUGCUAGAAGAUAAGCCGAAAUUUUAUUCCGAUGAAGACUAUUUGGACGAGAGUGAAGAGAGUUGGGACCAUUCGCAGUACAAAGACUUGUUUAGAUAAUGUUAGAUAAUGUUAUUGUGAACCUGUAUUAUAAAUGAUAUCAAUUAUUGUAACCUGACCCACUCUAGCAA